AACACCGUAUGUUGCAAAAUUUCCUUCUUUUUGAAGCAGCCCCCUCUCGACACAUUGCGAAAUCAUCGACCGGUAACUUGGGGCGGGGCUUCCACUGAAAAUUUGUGUCAACUUGUAUUUCGAAAUUCGAAGGUGCGCGUGACGUCAGCUGAUUGACAGCUGGAGAGAGUCUACAUACGUCACGACCUCUUUUACGAUCACUGGUGUAGAACAUGGCGUCCAGCAAGGUGAAAACGUCCCAACAGGGACCCCGGCAGGACAGUUACCGGUAUGCAGUCACACCGGGGGAUGAGGGUGGCAAAAAGAAAGGCAAGAAGAAGGGCAAGGCCGACAUGGACGAGCUCAAACAGGAGCUGACCAUGGACGAGCACAAGAUUCCAAUCACCGAGCUCUACAGCAGACUUAACACUGACCCCAACAUGGGUCUUACACCAGAAAUGGCUGCUCAAGUCCUAGAAAGAGAUGGUCCCAAUGAGCUGACGCCCCCAAAGACGACCCCAGAAUGGCUCAAGUUCUGCAAGCAGCUAUUUGGUGGUUUUGCCUUGUUGCUGUGGCUUGGAGCCAUCCUGUGUUUCAUUGCCUACAGUAUCCAGGCUUCUGCUAUGGAACAUGUCCCUGGUGAUAACUUGUAUCUUGGCGUUGUGCUGACAGCUGUGGUGGUUGUGACAGGCUGUUUCUCCUACUACCAGGAAGCCAAAUCCUCCAGAAUCAUGGACUCAUUCAAGAACAUGGUCCCUCAGUACGGUAUUGUGAUCCGUAAUGGCAUUAGUAAGGACAUCAAGGCUUCAGAGAUGGUUGUUGGUGACAUUGUUGACGUAAAGUUCGGAGACAGGCUUCCCGCUGACGUCAGAGUUAUAUCGUCCCAUGGAUUCAAGGUUGACAACUCCUCCCUCACAGGAGAAUCUGAGCCCUGUUCAAGAGGCAGUGAGUUCACACACGAAAAUCCACUGGAAACCAAGAAUCUCGCUUUCUUCUCGACAAAUGCUGUUGAAGGAACAUGCCGUGGUAUUGUUAUCAGGACUGGUGACCGCACUGUGAUGGGCAGAAUUGCUAACCUGGCCUCUGGACUUGAAGUUGGUGACACGCCCAUUGCCAAGGAAAUUGCCCAUUUCAUCCACUUGAUCACCGGUGUUGCUGUCUUCCUUGGAGUUUCCUUCUUCAUUAUUGCCUUCAUCCUUGGCUACUUCUGGCUUGACGCUGUCAUCUUCUUGAUAGGUAUCAUUGUCGCCAACGUACCUGAAGGUCUCCUGGCUACUGUCACAGUGUGUCUGACCCUGACCGCUAAGCGAAUGGCAAAGAAGAACUGCCUGGUGAAGAACUUGGAAGCUGUGGAGACACUCGGCUCUACCUCAACCAUCUGCUCUGACAAGACCGGCACCCUCACACAGAACAGAAUGACUGUCGCCCACAUGUGGUUUGAUGGAAGGAUUGUGGAAGCUGACACCAGCGAUGACCAAUCUAACUCUACCUAUGGCCGUUCUGACCCCUCGUGGCUGGCUCUCUCUCGCUGUGCCAUGUUGUGUAAUAGGGCAGAGUUCAAGGCAGACCAGGAAAAUGUCCCUGUCCUCAAGAGGGAAUGUAACGGUGAUGCAUCAGAGUCUGCACUGCUCAAAUGUGUUGAGCUGUCCAUUGGCCAUGUGACCGACUUCAGGAAGAGAAACAGGAAGGUCUGCGAGAUUCCAUUCAACUCAUCCAACAAAUACCAGGUGUCUAUCCAUGAGACUGAGGACCCCAACGACCCUCGCUGUGUGUUGGUGAUGAAGGGAGCCCCAGAGAGGGUCCUUGACAUGUGUUCCACAUAUAUGAAGGAUGGCAGCGAGUAUCCCCUUGAUGAACCAUUCAAGACUGCAUUCAACAUCGCAUACAUGGAGCUUGGAGGGCUCGGAGAGCGUGUGCUUGGAUUCUGUGACUAUGUCCUGCCCACUGAGCAGUACCCACCAGGCUACCAGUAUGACUCUGAAGAUCCCAACUUCCCACUUAACGGCUUGCGCUUUAUUGGACUCAUGGCCCUGAUUGACCCUCCAAGAGCCGCUGUACCUGACGCUGUCGGAAAAUGCAGGAGUGCUGGUAUCAAGGUUAUUAUGGUAACAGGUGACCACCCCAUCACAGCCAAGGCCAUUGCCAAGGGUGUUGGUAUCAUCUCGGAGGGAAGUCUAACCGUUGACGAUAUUGCUAGCCAGAGAGGAAUCCCCGUUGAGGAGGUUGACCCAUCAGAAGCCAAGGCGUGCGUUGUCCAUGGCAUGGACCUGAGGGACAUGACCCCAUUCCAGAUAGAUGAGAUUCUGAACAACCAUGCUGAGAUCGUGUUUGCCCGUACCUCUCCCCAGCAGAAACUCAUCAUUGUUGAGGGAUGCCAGCGACAGGGACAGAUUGUGGCCGUCACUGGUGAUGGUGUCAAUGACUCUCCUGCACUUAAGAAGGCUGAUAUUGGUGUUGCUAUGGGAAUCGCUGGUAGUGACGUGAGCAAACAGGCCGCUGACAUGAUCUUGCUUGACGACAACUUUGCCUCCAUUGUUACCGGUGUAGAGGAGGGCCGUCUUAUCUUUGACAACUUGAAGAAGUCCAUUGCCUACACCCUGACAUCCAACAUUCCAGAAAUCUCACCAUUCUUGCUCUUCAUUCUUAUGGACAUUCCACUGCCCCUGGGAACUAUCACCAUUCUCUGUAUUGACUUGGGAACUGACAUGGUACCGGCUAUCUCUCUGGCUUAUGAACAGGCUGAAAACGACAUCAUGAAGCGUCUGCCACGUGACCCACUCCACGACAAGCUUGUAAAUGAAAGAUUGAUCAGUAUGGCGUACGGACAGAUCGGUAUGAUCCAGGCCUCAGCUGGUUUCUUCACAUACUUUGUAAUCAUGGGAGAGAGCGGGUUCUGGGCAACAAAGCUGCUGGGUCUUCGUGAACAGUGGGACUCGCGUGGUGUCAACGAUGUGCAGGACUCUUACGGCCAAGAAUGGACAUAUGCCCAGAGGAAGCGCCUGGAGUUCACAUGCCACACAGCUUUCUUUGUGUCCAUUGUGAUUGUGCAGUGGGCCGAUCUGAUCAUCUGUAAGACCAGGAAACUCUCCCUCUUCCAGCAGGGAAUGAAGAACCAUCACCUUACCUUUGGUCUGUUCUUCGAGACUGCCCUGGCUGCCUUUUUGACAUAUUGUCCAGGACUGGAGAAGGGAUUGAGAAUGCAGAACCUGCGUGCCACCUGGUGGUUCGUCGCAUUGCCGUUCAGCAUUGUUAUCUUCAUCUACGAUGAGUGCAGGAAGUUGAUAUUGAGAAACAAUCCAGGAGGCUGGGUAGAAAGGGAAACAUACUAUUGAUGGCCGUUAUGUUUUAGAUAUGUAAAUUUACAAAUGUCCAAGAAAAAAGACUUUCAUACAAGGAUAGUGCUGGCCCAGAUGGUAUAUACAAGAAAAACCGACACUGUGCCCAGCACAAAAUGCACAGCUUAUUUAGUAUUUUAAUAAAAUUGUAUUCAAGUUGUCACAAAAAUGAAGACUGGGAAGCCUUUUCUCAUUGUCACAUUUUGAGUUGAUUUGGCAAUAGGGAAUUACAACAUGUUUUAUACACAAACAAUUUAUUGAAUUUUAAUUUUGUAACUGGUUUCUACAAGAGUGCAAUGGUUUUGUGUGUUGACUUUGUCUGAGCUGUCCAUUUGCUAGUACAUGAUGAUGAAAGAUGGAAUGUUAUCAAGAUUGCAUACAAUUGGCUUGAGUAAAGUGACUGUGUUUAUUUCUGCGAGUCCAUAUGUCCAUAACUAUCACCUAUGGGGGUGAAAUAGGUUGCAGUACCAUCGGCAACAUGCGAGUGUUAGUUGCAGUACCAUCGGCAACAUGCGAGUGUUAGUUGCAAUACCAUCGGCAACAUGCGAGUCUAGUGUACAAUUACCAUCCGUGUACACACUGUGCUUUAUACCAUACUGAGCACAGCUAUUCAAAUACGCAUCUAGACACUUUACUUUCAUACAAGAUCAUGCAGUCAAUGAAAACUUUUCAAGAGAGAUGGUAGCUAUUUUGUAGACGGCAAAAACAUAUCGAAUCUCAAAGGGAACGUUGAGCUCGAAGCACGGCUUGUGAACAUUGCUGUGUUCGAUCCCAGGUCCCGGGGUUCAGCCUGGGCUAUUAACGGAGUGAGAAACUAAUUGGUGCCAUCCUGCUUAAGAGAUUGGAUCGGGGAUGAAAAGGUUGAAAUAAUACUUAACUGUGAUAGAUGAAUUGUAAAUCACAUAAAGAGCUAAAUGGAAGGAUUUAAACAUAAGAUUCAUUUUAUUGUUUUAAAUCCUUCAGAAAUGUGGCAUGGCUAUAGGCAGGAUUAUUUGUUCAGUGAUGUAUAUAUUGUAUUUUUUUAAAUGAAAUGCUUGUUAAACUAUGUUUCAUUCUAUUUUCAUCGCUCAACUUUGACAUGCCCACUGAUUUCAUUUCAAUUGUUUAAUUUAGAAUAGCUUCGGUCUGUCACAUGAUUUGUUAUAGAAAAUAUCCCUUGUCUAUUAUUGAUAAUUAUCGUUAUUUCUCUACUGUGUGACUGUUGAGGUGCACGUUUUUAUUCCAACUUUUAAUAGAUUUUAACCUUGCAAGAUUUUAUAAAAUAUUUGUAAUGAAUUUUGUUUUCGACACAAAAUGUUGGCUUGUGUUACACUGCUCUGUAAAAUCAUACACCACUGAAAAUUGACAUUUUCAUUCUGUCCUAAAACAUUCCAACCACUUUGCCAGAUGUUCUGAUCUUCAUUCGCGUUCUGUUUUAGUAUUUACAUUACAUAGAAGCUGUAGCAAUUUCGUACCAUAAUGACCUUAGCCCCACAGAAACAUUGUAUGCGUUCAAUUUUCAAAUCACACAUAUAUACUUAUCGUUUUGAUGAUUGCUUCAUUGAUCCAAAUUCAUGCCAACAAUUAUGAAUCAAUUUAGUGUUUUACUAGUCAGUUAUACAAUAUCCUGAAGGUAACAUCUUUGAAGAUCAGUUUUCAUCUGACAACACCUCAUGUAAGCUUUAACCACGCUGGAAAAUUUCUCAAUGUAUCUGUUGAAUUGAUUCUGCCUACUACACUGAAAGUUUUCCAGACUUUGCACAUUUUAUGAAUAGUUUUGUAACGUAGCUUUAGUCGGUUAUGUAUUAAUAAAGGUAACAUAUUUCCGAACAGUUUCUGUAACAUAAUUUGAUAUCUUGUCCAACAUUUUGAGUGGUUAAUAUAUUUUAAUUUGUAUUGGUUAAUACACUUGUAAGAUAAUAAAAUAGAGCAAAAAUA